GCCCGGGGCUCCCAUCCUCGCCGCGCCAGCCCGCGCAGGGCUGCGGCGCCGUUGCCCUUUUAAGAACCAGCCUCCUUUAACUCUCUCCUAACGGGGCGUCCCGGCGGGGCUCGCGGCGCCCGACAGAAGCCCGCCUCCCCGCGCGGCACUUCCGGACCCCGGCGUCGCCCUUUUAAGAGGCAGCCCCCAGCAGAGCUCCCCCCGCCCCCUGUUGCCGGCGCGCGAGGUGGGGGAGCCUUGCUGGAGCCGAGCGCGCCGUCCGCGCGACCACUGGAGACCGGGCGGCCGGCGGCCGGGCAGGCGGCGGCAGCAGCGGAUGGGGACGCGGAGCCGGGCGGCUGUGGCGGCUGUGGCUGUGGCGGCGGCGGGGCUCGCCGUCUACUACAGCCUCAUCUGGCAGCCGGUGGGCGCCGGGACCUCGGGGGGAGCCGCCGGCCCGCCCCCCGGCGGCUCCAACGCCACCGGCCCGUCCGGGACUUCGGGGGCGGCGGAGCGGCCCAAUGCCACGGGGUCGUCCCGCCGCGAGGCACCGCGAGACGCUCCCCCGCUGCAGGCGGCGCGGCCCAUGCCUCCCGAGCCCUCUGCCGACAGUCCCCUGGCCGGGCCGCUAGAGCGGCCGCAGGGGCCGGAGGAGGACGAGGAGGAAGCGGCGGCGGCGCCGGGGAGUCGUUGAACCCCUCCGCGCCAGGGUCGGCCGGGAACCAUUCUCCCCUUCCUAAGCCCGGAGGCAGGACUUUGCAGCAGGACGGGGCGGGGAGCCCGCAAGAGUGACCCCCACGGGAGUGAACGCCCUCCCUUCCCCGCAACGAUCGCCAGCUCGCCCCGGGAGCGGGUGGCCUGCAGCCCGAUCUUCAGCCAAGGGACCACGAUUCGCCGGGGGCUCGGGGUUGGUCUUCCCAGGACCGUGCUGCGCCAGGGCCCUGAGCCAUAAAGGGAAUGGGGGAAGGGGUGGGGAGAUCCCAGCUCCGAACCCUUUUUCGCCGCUAGCUCUUGUGUAUCCUCUGUGCAGGAGUGACUCGGGCUUUCCUCCAAGACUCAGGGGAAGGAGGGAGCUAUAGGGGCUCUUUAAUAAGAUGAAGCUCUCGCAAGGAGGGCACCAAAAGUAGUGGAGCUCAGGUACGUCAACCUAGUUGCAGUGGCCACAGAUGCAUUUAAUUUAUAGAUCCCUGUAUAUAGUUGUUGACAUAUGCACUAGAAGCUAUAAUUACACAGAACUAUACGUAUCCUCCCACAACCCUGGGUAGCUACCCACUGAUGGGGUCGUGCAAGGGCUAUUUGCUGGCCCCCAAAGUGCAGCUAGCCAUAAGGGCACAAACACUGUUUUUUUCACCACCCACUCUAUUCCCCCUAUUUCAGAAAGAUAGGUUUAUGACCCCAAAGAGUAUAAUCAUCCUUAGACUUGAAAGGACAGUGGAAAACCUUAGGAGAAGUAGAAGCAGUUUAGGGAGGGUGGAGAACGAACUAAUCCCCAUCUCUUCCCACCCUAGUGCCCCCACGGAUGAGGCUUCCUGUUGUGGCCCUAAGUAUCUGGAUAUGGGCCAGGGAAGAAGGAAGGGAAAGAGCAAUGCCUCUGUGCUUCAAUCCUUGGCCUUCUCCUCACAGAGUUCUCUUAGGAAGAGCAGGCUUUUGUAAGUAGAGUGGCUCACAAGUGUUUUUAUUUUAUUUUCUGCUCCUCCAGAUCUUGUCUUGUUCCAGUAAUCACCCUUGCCUUCCCUCUUUCCUGAGUCUGUAGUGACAGUGUAGCCCUGCUAUUAGGGUGAAAUCUGUUGUGAAACCAGAGCUCUGAGCACGUUUUCUGGUUUCGAGUUGUAUUACAGAACCAGAAGGGCUAAAGGUGGGCUUCAAGCUCAGGAUUGUGCUUUGAUAGCCAGUUAAUAGACCAGCCGUGGGAAAAUUACAUUGGUUUGUCUUUACGUUUCCUGAUAAACCCUACUUAUAUGUCCUAUACUUUGAUGGAAAUGAGAAACACCAAGGGAAGUGACAUCUGUAUAGUUCUGGGACAGCAAGAAUUAUACAUCCUCAAUUUGGCUUCCAUUUCCUUCUGCCACUUGCUUUUAGGCAUUUGAGUGUGGGUAGUGACAAGAUAUCAAACCCCUUAGUGUUUCCUUUUUGGGAAAUUAGGAACUUAAAAAAAAAAAAGACAAAAACUUAUCCACCUGAGUCCUAAAACAGUUUUGUCUCCAGUUUUCUGGCCUACACUUUAGUUAGCUCUGAUCCAAGUUUACAGGACAACAAGUCUUGCUUAAAGCCAUGUUCUGUUCUAUGAGCUGUCAUAGCCUAGGAGCAGGCUGGUAGCACCCCCAAGGUGUCUUGCCCGAAGGAGAUUUCUGAGCAGCUGAUGUGACUUUGGUCAUUAGGAAGCCUUUGAGGCCUUUUUAAAUUUUUGGUGGGGGCCUGGGGGUGGGGAAGAAACAUAAAAUGCCACUUUAUAACUUCAAUAAUAGCCUGUAAUUUAUAUUUAUUGUGUGAAUUUUUAGUCCUAUAUUUUAAUAAUUUGUAAAUUGAUCUCUUAUUCCAAGAAUCCUUUGAACUUGCAGGAGGACAUCUGGGAAUCCAGUCCCCUGUCCCCGUCCCUGCAUUCUGGACUGUUGAAUCCACUUUCGGAUGGAUCAGAGUCCAGAGAGACCACUCAUAGGUCCAGCUGCUGGCCUCCUGACUCUAAAGCCUUCACUGGAAUUGGGACAUUAGCUCCAGCUCUAGCUGUGAACAUGACCAGAGACAUUAUUUAUAAUUCAGCCAUUUAAGAUAUACCUGUCCUCAAAAAGUCCUGUAUAUUUUUUAAAAGUUUUAUUUUUCAGGUGAACAAAAAUACAUUCUAAGAACUCUCCAUAA